UAUAAAAAAACAAUAACUAUGGUAUUAAAACUAAAUGGAAAUGUAUAACUGCAAAAAGUUAAAGCGAUUGUCGGGAUUAUAAAAAUGAUUUAAUUGUUGACCCUAAUAUGGAAUAAAAUAUAUUGUAAAUAAAAGUAUAAGAAAAAUCUUUAGAAGCCUAUAAUCUUUAUUAUUUUAUUUUAGAAGGAGAAAAAGAUGGUAUCGUAGUUUAAGACAUAUCAAGUUUUAUUAUUUUGGAAUAAAAUAUACCUCCUUUAAAUUCUAUUACAUCAAUAAACGAUUUUUCUUAAAGAAUAAAUUUAAAUUAAUAAAUUUUUGUAUAAUUAAAUUAUGAAGGAAAAAAUAAUUUAGACAAUUUAUUUUUUAGUGGCGCUGUAUUGUAUUAAAACGAUGUGAAAAAUACUAUAAAGUUUUUUCAUAAUUAAGUAAGAUUUUAAACAUGGAAUUAUUUUAAUGAUUUUAUAAAUGAAGAAGAAAAUUCUUAUUAAAUAAGAUUUGCAGUUUUUGAUCCUUAGUAUAUAAUGCCUUCUUUAAUUAUUUUUUCUUUAAAAGCUAAUUUGCCGCCUUUAAAUUGCCUUUUUAAAAAUUUUAAUAAUUAAUAAUAAGAAAUUUUUAGUUUAAAAUAAAAUUAUGUUUUCUAAAUUAAUAACUGCUAAGAUUAAGAUUAGCCUCUAUAUUAUAAUUUCUUUUAUUAUAAAAGUUAAGAAGAUUUUUAAUAUGAAAUUUUAAAUCCGCAAUUUACUAAGAGAUAUGCUCUAAAUGUAAAAUCUACUAUCAGUAGAAUAUCAACGAUUUUGCCGUUCGGGGCAAAAGUAAUCAUAGGCUGUGUAUUUGAUAAUUUGGGUGCGGUUAGAAAUAUGACUUAAAAUGUUGAAAUAAAAAAUUCUUAUGAAAACGUUUAAUAAUAUGUUUAGUUAGUGCAAGAAACUUACAAAAUAAUUAUUUAAAUACCUUUUAAAUAACAAAUAGUUAUUUAACUAUGUAUUCUUGUUUAAGAUAUUGUUUCUAAUAUAUUAAUAAACGAAGAGCUAAAAUAAGAUUAAAAUUUAAUUAAAAUUGUCAAAAAUAUUUACGAAGAUUUACUUUUUUAAUAAUAAAAAUUUAAUGAUAAUCAAGAUGUUUAAGUCUAAAUAUAAAUGACAAUUAACUUAAUUUCUUAAAACUUAUUAGAUUAAAUAAUGAAUAUUUUAAAAUACAAAGAUAUAUUAGAUUAUUUAUCGAAAAUAGAAUAAACUUUAAUUGAAUAAGAAAAUAUAAUAAAAAAAAUAUAAGCUAAAGACGUUUAGUAAUAUUAAUAAUAUUUUUCGUCUAUAUAAUUAGUUUUAUAAUAAGUUUCUA